UGUCUGUGCUGGAGAGCUUGCUGAUUGCGGAUGAAAUAGGCAAAGCGCGUUGGAAAUAUAUCUGGCCAGCGUUGUGUCUCUGUCGUUGUUCAGGAGAGAACCAGCAAGCGAUGACUGUCAGCGGCACGGGUGAUCGAGUUGUGUAGCUGCUUUAGUCGCAACGAGGGUUAUUUCGACUGAGAAACUUAUUGUCAGCACGUUGAGCGUUAUUCUUCUGUGAACAACCUAACCAGCUAACGUUAGCGACUCGGUCUUUGGUGAAACGCAUCAACUCAGCGGGCGACGAAGCGUAUCCUAGUAAAGAAAAGUCGUCUUUACCUCAUGGCUCAAAGGUUUCACUUCAGAUAGUUUGCCAAUAGACACCGCUUCAACAGCUUGUGAGAUUUUCAUCAAAAGUCAGCCGAGUUCAGACUUUACAACGCUAGCUAGCUAUCUAGCUUGAGAGGGAGAAACGUAUUUACCAUUGCCGUGUUUCAGUAGCCUGCUAGCUACCCCAGGAAGAUGUGUCGCUAGCUAAACCCAAGGUCGCUGAAGUCAAGACUUAUAAACAGUUUGUCGCUUGCCAGCUAAUGUAUGCGUGCGGUGCAUAAAGCUAGCUAGUCAGUAUCUGCUACUCAUUGGUCUGUAGCUAAGAUUACCUGGGUGUAGUUUGCCAAGUUAUCUCUAGCUCGCCACAAGUUGAAUUCUGUUUUGGUGUGCUUUUUGUUUUUCUGUAUAGCCACCUAGUCAUUUCAAGUCGGGAGUGCGCAGCAAUCUUACGGUACUUGCCGACGAAGAAACCAGUUAACGUUACCUCAGUUUUCUAGCCAGACACGUAUUCUCUGUCAUUUGCUAGCCGGUGAAAGACAAAGCUUACUGGCAAUCUGCGAUUUCCGAGUUUUACAUUGGCCCUCGCUUGCUGGCUGGCUUUUUAAAAAUAACCCAUAGCGUUAGCGAGGAUUGUGGAGAUAGGCGUCUUUUAAAGCUAGCAUCUAGUUAGGCAACGUUAGUGCCGUCCACGUAGAAAAGCCACCCAGCUGACCGUUGUUUGCGGCAAGGCAGAAAAAUGAAUGGGUUUAGUACUGAGGAGGACAGCCACGACGGGCCUCCAGCGCCGCCGUUUUACGGGCAGAGCUGCUGUCUGAUCGAUGAUGGGGAGCGCUGCGGCCGAUCCGCUGGAAACGCGUCUUUCAGCAAGAGGAUUCAGAAAAGCAUCUCGCAGAAGAAACUCAAACUGGACAUUGACAAAAGCGUGCGACACCUGUACAUCUGUGAUUUCCACAAAAAUUUCAUCCAGAGUGUUCGCAACAAGAGAAAGAGGAAGACCAGCGACGAUGGAGGGGAGUCCCCAGACCGGGACAUCGAAGUACCAGAAGUCGACUUGUUCCAGCUUCAGGUAAACACGCUGCGGCGCUACAAAAGGCACUACAAGCUCCAGACCAGACCGGGCCUGAACAAAGCACAACUAGCAGAGACUGUCAGUCGCCACUUCCGGAAUAUUCCUGUGAAUGAGAAGGAGACGCUUACUUACUUCAUCUAUAUGGUGAAGAGCAACAAAAGUCGCCUCGACCAGAAGUCAGACAGCAGCAAACUGGAAUGAGGGUGAUCUUUACUGCACAUUUUGGGGGAAGGAUGUGAGCAUGAAUAUUAAGUCAUUUAAGACUUUUUCCAGAUUCAACAUGUUAAAGCUUAUAUUGGGAAUAUAUAUGUACAGACAUGCAAAAUAAGACGUUUUGCUGUAGAGGAGAUAUAGAACUGUUGCAUUAAGAUUUUUUUUUCCUCUGUGUUGACUGUACUUAUAAAUGUAUGUUAUUGUGCCAAACCACAAAGUAUGUACAAUAUUCACGCAGCUUGCUUUUUAAAAAUUGAUCUGAUGGUGAUAUGGUCAAAGACAAUGCUAUUGGAUUUCUACAUGUAGGCUUUUAAAGCCUUAUAAAAAGGGGCCCAUUUGUUGUGAUGAGGUUAUAGGUCUAGUUAUCUCCCUGAUGUAAUUGUCCCGGCCCUUGGGUUUCUCUGCAGCUGGUAUUCCACAGUGCUCUCCCUCCAGCACCUUUCUUUUCGUCUGUUUCAAUGAGUUUUUCACAUUCCCAUACACACAGCAGUUGGGUAUUUCAUAAAUGUAGCCUUUGUAUUGUAUUUACUGUAAUGCUCUGUAUUGUAGCUAAGUCAAGUUUCAGUGGUUUUCCCCUCUUGUUUUUUUUUUUAAAUAUUUCAUGUAUGUAUCUUGUGAAAUGUAUUAAUAUUUGAGUAGUCUGAUGUAUGAUUGUAUGAGCUCUUCACUAAAAAUCAAGGGAAAGUGAACAUUCUGCAAUGUUUUUAUUUUGGUUUCUCUGAUAGUACAGGCAUUUGGCGAAGUGGGCUAAAUUAGCAGCUUCUGUGUCAGUGCUGCACCUGUUGCAUUUUUAGAGGGAUUUCUGUAGCUGUACAUCACCCAGAGUGCUGGCAGGUGUGGGAACACACUGCACAUAUGACCUGAUUGUGACAUCACAGGCCAGAAGUGUUACCUACUAUCCUACCUACCAGUUAUGUUGCAUAAAUGCUUUCAGGUCAGUAAUAGAUUGCCAAUGAGUGACUGAAUCACUUCAGUCAGAUUUUUAAUUACAGUGGGUAGGCGUAAUCAGAGAAAGUGCUGUUUCAGGUUUCUGAAUUCUUGGCGUGUACUGUUUUCUUCCACUUUUAGGUGGCAAGUCACAAUCUCUGAUCUAAAAACAGCACUGCGUUUUUGCAGCAAAAAAAUUAUAUAUUUGCAUUUUUCCAGUUUUUAUAAUAUUUGUCACUUCCAAAAUGUCUAAAAUGUUAAUUUGUAUUUUGCCUAAAGUUGCCUAAAUAUGUGCACUUUAAAUUCAAGCCGCAUGUAAAGGUAAAGUAACUCGUCAGUAUCGGUAGUUCAGUUUUUGCUGUGAAAAGUUUAGUCCAGCACAUUUAACAUGCUGUAGCAUGUCAUUCCACCCUUUAUUUUUAAAAAAAUUAAUCAUGAUGCCGAUUUGUCAGAAUCGGUCCAAUGAAUAUGCUGCACAGCAUUUAAAUACCACUGUACUGUCAGAAAACAUAAUGGGUCAAAUGCUUCAGAGCUCUCUGGCUGAUGACAUGGAGUUUUACAAAUCCCAGAAUUGGCAGGGGGAAAAGUGAACUGAGAAACCUGUUCAUUAUAAUGGUUACAUCUACUAGCUUGAAUUGUAUAAACUGCGUAGUGUACCAUAUAUAUCCAUCACUAGGAUAGUGGUCAUUUACAUUUUUCGUUAGGGCUUCUAUUUUCGUAAUGCACAGCUGCUGGUGGAUAUAGCUGGUAGCAAAGUGAGAGAAGUAGCACUGUUUUGGUGGCUGUUUUUUUUAUCUUGCGUAAUGAUUGUUUUUACAAUCAGAUAUUUUAUCUGAGAUCGGAUCGAUAGUAAACUUUGCAAAUACAGUGACGGCACAAAGGCCGUGCUGUAGAAACCCCGGUGACACCCAGAUCCCCAACAUCUCCCAAAGCAUGAAGACAGGACCUCUCGCAGUCAGACGAAGCCCCACACAUUGCCUUACUAAGAUGUUAUGUAUGUAUUUGGCAGUUUGAGAGGUUUUAUCUGAUACAUUUGUACAGAGUGGUGUUUCUAUGCUCCGUCCCCGCUGGUGGGCUGCUCCCCCUGCUCCUGUGAUGUGCCUGUAGUGUUGAGCUGUGCAAGUGAAAUAGUGCUAUGUAGCAUUUUUGUAAAUUGUAAACACUGCAUGUGUUGUGCUCAGACUUAAUUGCUGUAUUAGAUCAGUUAUAUGUAAAUAUGCGUAUGACUGCCUGUCGCUUUUAAUAAAUGCCCU